AUGUCUACACCAAACUCGAGAAAGCGAGCGGCGCCUGGCGCGUCGCCAGCCGGGCCCGCACAGCAGAACGUGCAGCAACCAUUCACAGCCGACAACAUGUCCGAUGCGAUGACGCGCUGGAACGGCGCAGCCGACACUUCCUCUUUUCUCGAUGGCAGCGCAUAUACUGGGAACCCUUACGGCGUGCUACCAAAUGCUAGUCAAUUCCAGCAGCCCAUUCCGGGGCCGUCAAACGCCGUGGCUCGCCGCCAAAUGAACCAGAGCCUCCUACCCAGUCGCCAGUUUGAUGGGAGUGGUGCAGACCCUUGGGGCAGCUUUUCCGAAGUGGACGGCUCCCUAGUGUCGCAUAUAAAUGGCGAUAGCAACCCGGAGGAAGAAAGUGUUGAGAAGUUGGAGGAGCUGGCAGCCAAGGCGAAGCGCGAGGCCACCAGUAGGCGCAAACAGAUACCGCCAUUCGUGCAGAAGCUGAGCAGCUUUUUGGAAGAGCGCAAGAAUGAAGACUUUAUCCGCUGGUCGGCAAAGGGCGACUCAUUCAUAGUGCUGGACGAGGACGAAUUUGCAAAGAGGUUAAUUCCCGAGCUUUUCAAACACAACAACUAUGCGUCCUUUGUCCGACAAUUGAAUAUGUACGGCUUUCACAAAUGUGUAGGCCUAUCCGAUAAUUCAAUGCGCGCGAGCGAGAGAAAAUUCAAGAGCCCUAGCGAAUACAAGAACCCAUACUUCCGAAGAGGGCACCCGAAUCUGCUAUGGCUCAUCAACAAACCUAAGGGCAAGAAAGAAGCUACAGCUAAAGGGGCGAGUGGCCAAAUUGGUAGCGACGAUGAUGUUGACAACGAGGACGGCCCCGGCCAACCUAGUACGACUGGUGGCAAUGUCCCAGCUGGACGUACAUUACCGUCAACAGAGAGCGCCGCGCCGCCCAAGAAAGAAAUCGCAGUGAUAAGGGAGGAGCUCCACAAAGUGCGGGAGCAGCAAAAGCUCAUCCUCGGCGCCAUCAACGCCUUGCAGCGCAAUAAUCAUGAGUUGUACAACCAAGCGCUCAUGUUCCAGAAUCAACACGACCGACACCAAAACUCCAUUAAUGCCAUUCUCAACUUCCUUGCCAAUGUCUUUCGGAAGACACUGGAAGACCAGAGCGGCUCCGCCAAUGUUGGCGAUAUCAUUACCAGCAUGAUGUCAAACCAGGGCCAGGGGGGACAUGGAAACGUGGUUGACCUAGGCGACUUCUUCCGGACACAGAUGGAUCCUACGGCCUCGCAUGGGGGAAACAUGGUCAAACGAACCAGAGGCUUGCUACCGCCUAUUCCAGGACAGCAGUCUCCUACGCAGUCGAGCCAGUCGCCCUCCGUCUCCAACUACCAGCCCAGCAGCGCCCACAACCCAGAAAUGGGUCACGUCACGGAGCUCCUGGACACUGAAACGCCGCCUUCCCUACGCCAGGAACUGGAAAGCAACCCACAGGAGCGAAUGAUGAGGAUCAUCAAUGAUCACAAUGCCACCAGCACCCCGACGGCCCUCGAUCCGGCAGCGGCCGAGCUCGUCGCCAACGCACCGAACACCCUGAAUAACGAUCAGCGCAGCCAGCUCGUCAACUUUAUGGCGGGCCAGCCCUCGCCCGGCUCCUCGGCGACACCUAACUCAUCCUUGCCACCGCGCCGCCUGUCUCGCACAACGCAAACGCCGUCGGCCUCCGUCACGCCGCAGCCCGACAGCGCGUCCACCAGAAGGCCGUCGCCGCCGUCCCUGUCACCGAUUAUGCGCUCGCCCGUCAUGCCCGUGCCGUCGCUCAGCCACAUCGGCGCCAACCAGGAGGAGCUGGACCGGCUGCAGCGCCUGCAAAGCGACCAGGACGCCAAGAUUAGCGAGCUGGGCGAGCUCCUGGGCCCGCUGAGCCCGUCGGGCCGCAUCCCCGGACUGGAUGGGUCGGAUGGCUUCUUUGACGCGCCAAACGUGGACCUGGAUCAAUACCUUAACAGCGACGCCUUCCUUCACGACAUCUCUGGUGAUGGUAGUGACUUCAACUUUAACCUGGACCCUGACGCUGCGCCUGUGACUGGAGCAGCGACAGCUGCAGAUGGGGGGCAGAGCAAGGAGAACACGCUGAGCCCGACGGGGACUGAAGAGAUUCAACGCGAAGACUUAGCGAGCCCUACCCAAGGUUCCAAACGCCAACGUAAGGGCUAG